AAUGGUCGCCUUUAGCAAGGUUUUGGCGACAAAUCCAUCGAAAUUUCUUACUCCUAAAAUAUCUGCAGCUCUUAUUUCGACAGCAGCAUGUGGAAUUUUUCUUAUGUGGAGAAAACAGUUGAGAGACCACGAAGAAAGGCGAAAAAGGAUGGAUGCCCGUGAUUUGCACAUAUCACUUGAACAGGUACUGGUUGCUAUUUCAUUGAUAGCUAGGACGUACUGUGAUGUAUGGAUGAUUCACAAUGGGACUGUCAUUGAAAGGUCGAUCAUUGGAGGUGAUUAUUCUGGCUUUAAAGACAACCUGUUGGAAUUUGCAUAUGCUAUGCCGCUGAUAUCAAUUAUUAAUAAUCUGCUAAAGUAUGGUUUAAAUAUGUUGAAACUUAGAUUCAGGAAACGACUUACCUUAUAUCUUACUGAGAAAUAUUUAAGUGGUUUUACAUAUUAUAAGAUGAGCAACUUGGACAAUAGAAUAGCUAAUGCUGACCAGCUAUUAACUCAGGAUGUUGACAAGUUCUGUGCUUGUCUGGCUGAGUUGUAUUCAAAUGUCAGUAAGCCUCUUUUGGACAUUGUCAUCUAUGUACAUAAACUUAGUGGAGCAAUAGGAGUCCAGGGUCCAGCCUAUAUGUUGCUAUACCUUGCAGUAUCUGGUCUUGUUCUCACUAGAAUGCGUCGUCCUGUUGGUAAAAUGACAGUUGAAGAGCAGCAUCUUGARGGAGAAUUCCGUUAUGUCAAUUCAAGAUUGAUUACAAAUAGUGAGGAAAUAGCAUUUUAUCAAGGACAUAUACGAGAGAAAUCCACCAUUGAAUCUACUUUUGGUCGACUGGUGGACCAUCUCAAAGACUUUGUCAAGUUCCGGUUCAGCAUGGGUAUCAUAGAUAACGUAAUUGCUAAAUAUCUUGCUACUGUCUGCGGUUUUUAUGUGGUCAGCAGACCAUUCCUCUCACCUAAAAACACCAAGCUACGAAACAGUGCACACGAUGUUCGAAUGGAGGAUUACUAUCGUAGUGGUCGUAUGCUGGUUAAAAUGGCUGAAGCUAUUGGAAGAUUGGUGCUAGCUGGUCGAGAAAUGACUCGUCUGGCAGGGUUCACUGCAAGAGUAUCAGAACUCAUGAGUGUUCUCAAAGAUCUUAACAAUGGUGUUUAUCAGAGAACACUCAUCGCUAACAAACGUGAGGAUGAAAAUGAUAAAAAAGAAGGGAAGAAAAUCUCAACUGCUGAAUUGACACGUAAGCGUGGUCAAAUAGUAGAGAAGGACCAUUUAAUAAGGUUUGAAAAUGUACCAUUAGUCACACCUAAUGGCGACGUUUUGGUGGAAAAUAUGACAUUUGAGGUUGGCUCUGGUAUGAAUGUGUUCAACUUGGUUAUAUUCUUGAAAGAGAAGGUGGUUGGAAUGCUAUUCAGGAUUGGAUGGAUGUUCUUAGCGGUGGUGAAAAGCAAAGGAUUGCGAUGGCAAGGCUUUUCUAUCAUAAGCCACAGUUCGCUAUCUUGGAUGAGUGUACUAGUGCUGUCAGUGUGGACGUAGAGGGAUUUAUGUAUACGCACUGUAGAGAGAAUGGAUUUGUUUUUCAGUACGUGUUGUACAUGGAUGGGCGUGGUUCGUAUGAGUUUAACACAAUGGAGAAGACAAACAUCGACUUUGGUUCUUAAUGGUCGGUUAAUUUACUCUAAACGUGCCAAUUACUGACCGUAUUGAAUAUACAUAUAUGUCCCAUAUCCCUCACGACCUUCACCAUGAUUAUCRUAAAUAUCUUCAUUAUCGCUAUCACCUUCACUCUGUGUCCAUAAUCAUCUUCAUCAUUAUGCCCCUUACAAUUUAUCAUAUAAAAACUCAUAAACUUCAUAAUACCAAUGCAACAGCAGUUGCGGAACUGCUCGCCGCGGCAUUAGAAGCGUAGUAAGAACGCUCCAUACGAAAAACUCGCGAAUUUUAAAAGACAGUUAUACCCGUCUAAAGAUAAAAAAAUCGUGAAAACAAAAAUAAUUUUAGAAUGAUUAGUUGAAGUAUUUUGAAUACUUUUAUAAUGACUUUAAAUAUAUAGUCAAAAUAGGCAGUGUCUAAUAGAGCGACUGUUGCUGAAUAUGUGACGAGUGACAAGUUAUAAGUUUUAACUCGAUGAUUAAGUUUGCUCUAACAGCCAUUAACCGCGAAAGAAAUCUAUGUCACGUGACAAGUUAUUUAUCGCACACCGUAUCACGUGAUAAGACACAUAGCUUAGUCCUCAAACAUUAUGGAACUGGAAUUKUAGUAAAAUCUAAGAGUUACCAUAACCGUAGUCAAUGUAGGAUCUCGAGGUACAUUUUAAAAUUCCGUUUUUGCUCASACAAGCCUGCAGUUAAUAAUAUAGCGAAGAAAUGGCGUGCUGGCACGCUUGGACUGCAUGAUUUCACUUCUUAAAAUUGUAUGUAUUGUUUUAAAGUGUUUCUAGCAUGGUUAUUUCGAUUUUGCACUCUUAAAUUAAAUUAUGAAUCAUUUCAGAAUA